GCUGUUGAACUUUAUUUUUGUUACGCGACAGCCACACCGGCAAUGCCCACGACAACCUGACAUCGCAUCGCCAGCACAGUCGCACAACCCGCAGACCUGAGUUGCAUCGGCGCAAGCCAUAGGUGGCCUCGGAUCCACAGCCUGCUACAAUGCACGACUUUGCUGCAUUCCAUUUGAGCCCCAACUGGCGUCGUCACUGAGUGUCACAUCCCGCCUGCUGAUUGCCCCACAAGGCCACUACUGGCCCUUUCUUCCCACCCGCAAGCACGCGAAAAUGGACCAAAGCCUGCGCCUCCGCCUUGUUGUCCGCCGUCAUGGCCUACCAGAAGCCAGGAUUCUCUUCCGCGUACCCUUGGAGAAUGACCCGACCGUCGCACAACUAGUUGAGCUCGUCAACGAGUCCAUCCCGCUCGAGAGCGACGACUGGGGCCUUGACGACUACACCGUUGAGUUUCAUGCCAAGGAUGGCCGUGCCUUCGAGUGUCUGCACUUCCAGCCUGUUGCCAGUAUCCUCGAGAAGGAUGAUGAAAUAUUUAUCCGACCACUCCUGACCAACGACCUAAAGAAACGCCGAAUCAGCGGCAGAGACCAGAUUUCCAGCGGCGGCCAGCAUCUGAUCGAUGGCGUGCCAUUCGGCCGACCACGGCUCAGAGCCCCGAGGGGUCGGCCUUCUGUCCACAUUGCACCAAGAAAGCGACCGAGGUUGACCUACGAUGGGGACUUCGACCAAGACGACAUCGAUGACGACGAUAAGGGCGAUGGCACGGAUUGGGACCUGGCCGACCAGUCCCUCGUAUCAGGGCACCCUGGCGACGAUGAUGAAGACGAGGAGGAGGAGGCGGAUGAGCCCCUUUUAUUGACACAACACGGCGAGCCUAAGACGAGGAAGGACAGCCGGCGCGUCCACUUCCCGCGCAGUGUAACUACUACCGCCGAGUUCGAGGACAUAGACAGUGAUGUUGGAUCGAGCGAAGACGAGCAAGACACCGAGUUGGAAGAUGAACAGGACGAAGACAUGUCCGAGCCCGACUCAGAAGACCUACGCGAAGAGCUCAAUGACCUCGCAGAGGAGGCAGCUGGCACCCGACGCGGUGAGAUUGUUCGGGACAGUGCCGAAGAGAGACCUUCAGCCCCGGCCGAAGUUAAUGACUUUGGCCCCUUCACCGAGGAAGACUCUGAGCCUGAAGUAUCCCAUCAGUUCAAACGACCAAAGAUUGACUCCCGUAAUCGGUCCAGCCACGAUGUCUCGGAUAAGGUCAUCGCGGUCCGAUCUGCUUUCCCGGCCGUGUCAGGCGAGGUAUGCGAAAAACUCCUCGCAGAUUACAACUAUGACGUGGGUAGUGUAUGGAAGAAGCUGGCCCAGCAGCUCAAGCCACGAUUGGACCUUGCCCAAACAAUGGUCUUGAACACCCAAUUGGAGCUCCCAAAGGAGGUUAUGUUCAUCUCGUCGCCGCCCAGUAAUGUGGCCGAGGCGCCAGGAGAGGCCAGACGUGUUGGCGACAAGGACGACGACGCAACAGAUGGGUCUUCAGGCGGCGAUGAGGACGAGGAUGAGGAGGACUAUGAGUCGAAAGUACACGCAACUUCAGCCGAAAGCGAAGAUGAUGAAGACAGCGACAGCGACAGCGACAGCGACAGCGACAGCGACUCCAGCGCCAGAGGCACUGCUGCCCCGGGAACGGCGCCCGAUGCAGAUGAUACUGACAGCUCCAGCUCCAGCUCAGGGAGCGAUGGAAGCGGUUCGAACGACGGUGACGAGAGUGGCGCCGAGGAUAUCGCUGCCAUUCAAGGCAACAGGGCCAAGGGUGUGAAUGGAACCAGCGGUAACGAGAACCAAAGUACAGGACUGAAGCAUCGGCCACGGCGCAAUGUCAUCGAAUCCUCGCCGGCCAGCAGCCAUACUGCAACUACGAAAUCUGGUGCUAGACCCAGAAAAACGACAGUUCCUCCUAGAAUCGCCUGCCCAUCGGAAUCGACAGAUGGUUCAUCGUCGGAUAGCAAUAGCGAUGACGAAGAUGAUACCGACAGCGAGGAAAGCCAAUCAGACAGCUCAGACUCAUCUUCAGACUCGUCGUCAAGCAGCGACUCAAGCUCAGACUCGGAUUCAGACUCGAAAAUCCCCGCGCCUUCCAGGACCAAGGGGGUGGCACCAGUUCAGUCGACUCAAGCGACGCCUUCUUCUGCUCAAGUUGGCACUAACUCCGCCGCAACCCAAUCAUCUAUUCAAAAGUCGGUGGCACCAGGCCAGGGCAUGACCAAGACUCAAAGACGCAACGCGCGGAGGAGAACUCAAAUGGCAGCACAGAGAGCGUCCCAAAGUGUCGAGAAGUCGCAAGCCGCGGCGGCGAAAGAUACCGACUUGCUGGCGAAGAAAAAAGCAUUGUUGAAGUCCUUGGGCGUUUCUAUGGAUGCCUCGAAGCACGGUGGCGAGUCGACUGCUAAUGAGAGAACGGCCACGUCUCUUGGAAACUCUCCGAAGAACCUGAGCAAGGGUGAAGAGGAUCCAGAUGCUUGGAGAAAGAAGAUAUCAUACCGUGCGAUCGAGUGUGUCAAUGAAGGGGUAGAUCUGAGUGAGCCUCCAUUUCCAUUCGUGCAGCGCUGGGACUCCUCAACACGUCGCGGCAAGAGGAAGUCGCGUGAGAACUCCCAAUUUUACGACGGGACCAACCAGAACGCCAAAAAGCAAAAAUGUGGCCAUUCACCGAGACAACAUGCAGACAGCCACGGUAUUCAAGAUGAUAUAAUGUUGAAUUACGAUGACGAGCCUGUUGGUCUGGAUCGAGGCAAAAUUACCGUGGAUAAUACUCUCACUGAACAUACCGCAGCGGCAGAUGAGGACGAUCUUCCGUCUCUGUCGGCGGACAUGUCUCUGCUUCCUCAACUCUCACCCGACAACAUCCAGCCUGGACUUAUCAUUGCAUGGAAGCAGCUUUUGCUCACGAAGGCCACCAACUGGCAGCCACAAUUAAGCAACUUUAUGACUGCUGUUAUCACCGAAGUCGACGACGGCGGAAACCUUCGGGUUCAAGUCGCAAAGCGUGAUAGAAAUGUUGACAAGAACGAGAAGGAGUAUGACGAUGAGGGAGGGCGGGUCUAUGCAAAAUUCGAAGUUCCAGAUGACGACGAAGAAGAGGAAGAAGAAACAGACCUCGGCUUUCGAGAUGUUUCCUUUGCGGAGAUGAUUGAUCCGCGCAUUGUGCGGCGGCCUUCUGACUCUACCACCAAGACCAUGAUAUCCCAACCAAAAGACGUCCAGGUGGCAGACAGCCAGCGGGGCUGCAGAGGAGGCACAAGCAACAAUCCAACCAGCAACAGUGACCAGUCCAAACCGAUGGAGGUUGACAGUGUUAGCGAACCCAUCAGAUGUGAACAGAGCUUUGUUCCUGAGACGAACCACGACGUGGUCACCAACGAUGAUAUUCUAGCUCAGGACGUCUCCAUAAGUGAAGAACGCCGGAAUGAGAUCAGCCAACUCAUCAACGAAGGGGGAUUCCGCCAGGGUGUGAGAACGUCUCUUGACCAGCUCGCCUUCCUUCAAUUUGGCAGUCCAUCCCGCCAAUUGGAGGAGGAAGCUUCCUCAAUGCUGCCUUCUCAUCAAUUGCAACCAGCACAUCGAUCGUCCUCGGAAGCAGCGUCAGAGGAGGCACCGUCUGAAUACGGAUCCAAGGACCCCUCGCAACAAGAAGCGCAUUUGGCUACUGCCGUAGCUAUCCUGGAUGAUUUUCAAUCAGCCCUGCAGGCGCCCAGACAGUCGGGUGCGAACGCAGAUAUUGAACACAUUGAGGGCGAGAUAGAGUAUCCCAAGUUGAACAACUCCUUUACAAGUCAGGCAAGCGCUCGCAGUGGACGGCAAAUCGAUCCAGACUUUGUCUCGCAUUCAGACGACUUAGGACAUGGGGACGACUCGGCUAUGAUGAAUGGCUUUGAUGACGAUGAUGUCCCAUUUGGCGACUCGAACCCAGGAGAGCGAAGCCAGGUCGAUAGGGGUCACCAGGAGCGAACAUCUGCACAGGAGGUUUAUAAUGACGACCUGCAGCAGGCUCAGGAUGCGAUCGCACCACUCUCACCGUUAAUAAGAUCCACGAAGAUUGGUCUUGGAGGAAAUGAUCGCCCUACCUCAGCUGGAUCAGCCUCAACUGGUUCUUCGAGUAUCUUCGUUGACUUCGAGUUGCUGGGCUCUCAACCCGUCACGACCAAGUUCAAAGAGCACAUCAAGGGCGAGCAGGUGACCCAAGGGAUGGCUGAGCUUCCUGACAUCAAUGAGGCACACGCCUUGGCGAAUACAAGAUCAAAGUCCCCAGAGAGCGGCAGGAACCAAAGCGUCGACGGCACUCCGGCAUCUCAACGGAGCCAUGUUUGGACACGUUCGUCCCAGCAGAGCCCUCAAGAUACCAACGACGAGGAGAGUGUCUCUCAGCGGACACGUAGGAGCAGCCGCCUUAUGGGUAGCGCCUCGAGCCCGCCUGUUAUAAGGAAGGGGGCAAAUGCGAGAAAGGCAAAGCGCCAUAGCACCGAUGGGUCCCCAACGCCCAAUGGCAAACCCAAGUCCCUCGUCGCUAGUUUCGAAGCGCCUGUAUCUCCACCACCGCUGUCUAAGCCGCGGCGGGAGCCAUCUCGCACCCCCUCACGGUCACAAAGGGGCUAGAAACCAAGCGGGCCCGAGGAUAGAGUUGAUGGGAGACGGGCUGGAUCGGGCCGCGACGGUGACACAGACGGUGAUUACCAUGGCCCGUCAGCUGGCAGCGUCCCUAGCACUAUCAACAAGCUACAAGGAAGAAUAUCAUUGUCGACAGUGGCAAAGGGAACUAUCGGCGUACCUGUCACUGACCUUGGUGGGGCGAAUGAGAAUGCGGAUGGAAACCCGAUGCUGAGUACGCACCAAGGACUCAGUAUUCGAAACGCUUCGGCUUGGAAGAUUGCGGGGCCGUUGUCUAGUAGGCGCUUCUAGGAAAAUGCGUGCAUCAUUCAGUGAGACUAGAUCACGGUGGUUUGCAUUCAUCUUAUGCGGCUCGUGGUUCGGCGGUUGGAUGGGCAUGACUGAUCUUCCCAGCAGUAUGAGGUUAUCGGAACACAACGGUGCCUUAGGCUGUAGGUCACCACAACAUGUUCACGAAUCAACUCGUUGGCAAUCGACAGUCUUGUGAUACACUGAUACUCUUGACGUGAGCCCAUAGCAAUCUGGGAGAUCCCAAUUCCUACGGCCAGAUUUUCGGCGUGCCCUGUCCCAUGCACAGCAUUGUGCUCGCAAUCGCUGUGAAAGAUGGGCUUUCGAUCUGGGUUGGCGUAUAUGAGCUGCAGGUUGACGUCCUGGUCUUUCCGGGCCUUGGCUGAUGCAUGUUAUAUAGGCUGGCUUAUAUGGCUUCAAAG